GGCCGUACUAUCUCUCUCUCUUUCUCUCUCGCUACGCGCGGGCCCCAGGGGGUAGUCACAAGGGCAUUGGCCUGCAUCGCAGCGCAACGGGCAUGCUGCCCCAUCAGGACCCUGAUUGUCGCACGCGCAAUGGCCGCUGCGAUCGCCGAAGCCCUAUGUGCUGUCAAGGGCCAUGGGACAUUCCAUCCACUGUAUGCCCCAGACGACUUGGUGGAUUCAAACAUCGUAGGGAUUGAGAAGGUGUGAGGCUGCUAUAGUUUCCCCCAUCCUGUCGUGUGGAGCUCCCGUCUGUAGCCAUUCUGGCUCAAGCACCCCGGGCCGUGGCCCUGGGGCGCGAUGCCAGAUGCCUGGUGCCGCGAGGACGGUGCGGCGGCGCACGGGAGACGGGCUGCCUCGUGUCGUGCAAGAGGCUGGCAUCUUCGGGUCAGCGAGGCGAGCACGUGGAGCGGCCUGGUUGCGGGACCGGGCGCGGGCUGCUGGCGUGGUCCUGCUGCAGCAGCUGCAGAGCAGGCCUGCAGCAGUGCGAGGCCUGCUGGUGAGGCGUUGGUUCUGGCUGGGCGCCUGCUUGCUGUGGCUUGGGCUACUGGUCACCCCACCGGCACUGCUCUGCCACCUCCCAGAGGGCACUCGACAUCCAAGCCCAAGUGCCAUGGUCUUCUUUAGGGCAUCGUCCUUGGCAUCGUGGCACGCGGAAUCGGCGUUGGAUCCAGAGUUCUUUGUUCACCGGCUCGUGUCUUCGCUGCCCUUGGCAACGGACCCGGCCUCUCUGGCCAGACACGGCGCGGCGGUACUCUGCAGAAACGGGGAGGGCACGCCCUUCUACAACGUGGUGCAGGAGGAGGGCUCGCGCGGGCCGGCCGACCUCUUUGCCGCGCUGGACACGGACGGCACUGGCCACCUGGAGAGGCCAGAAGUAUGGCAGCUGCAGGGCAUGCUGAAGUCGUGGUUCGUCCACGGCAACGACGUGGCAGAGCAGGUCAGCCAGGCGGCCAGGGACGAGCGAGGUCGCCUGAGCCUCACGGCGUUCCAGGGCUUCUGGAGCAGCAAUCUCAGCUCGGAGCACCAGAGAUUCGUUGUCGUCAACGGCUCCCUGGAGGCCCCAGAAAAUGAGGACGAGGCCGCCUCGCUGCUUGCGCACAGCUACCGUUACUUCAUCCCCGUCGGGCGCGUGGAAGCGGUGGCGACGGAUUGGUCGCUGCAGUGGGUGGGCAGCAUCGCCUGCGCGCUGGUAUCCGAGCCCUUCGGGGUCCUCGGAGAGGUGCUGUUUCUCAUCGUCACCAUCCUUGGCGUGUUCCUGCUGUGCGACAGGGUGGCGCCCCAGCUGGACCUGAGCCCCUCGAAGAGGCAGGCGCUCUCGUUCGCCGCCGCCUCCUGCUGGAGCCUGUUGGACCCCGUGGGCGGCGCCAGCAGGGCCCUCUACGUCAGCCCCAUGAUAGGCAAGGCCUUGACCAUGCUUCUCAUGCUGUCGAAUGAGGAAUGUCAGCAGGUGCUGGCGCGCCUCGAGUACCUGGGCGACGCUCAGGACGACCUGGGCGCCGGCUUCGCCAGUUCCCGGGGGUCUGACGACCCGCUGGUGCGAUGCCCCCUCUGCCGGCGCCUCUCGUUAAGCAGCCAAGUGGUGCAGAAGGUGCACGGGGACAUACGGCGCGAGCCAUGUUGCGUGUGCUUGAACUGCGACUCCGAAGUCUGCUUCACAUGCGGCCACCUCUGCAUGUGCACCGAGUGCUUCCAGGGCCUGGCCGCCAGUCGGCGCUCGACUCCAGGCCUGGACGGUCUGCUCGUCGCGCCGAACGUCGUUGGUGCUCCCGACGAGAACGGCUCCGCGGGAGAUCCAGAGAUUGGCGAUGGCGCCAGGAGCGAGCUGGACCCAGUGGACUUGGAGCUCACCCGGCUGGACCAGGUCUGACGCGGUCCGCCGGGGCUGUCGGUUCUGGCGCCCGCGUUCCGCCUGCAGGCACAGCGGAGCCGUGCCCUAAGAACAGCGCCGUGGGUCUGCUGAUCGAAGAGGAGGGCGCAGCCCCAGGGAUUGGCGUCGGCCAGCCGACCGAGCGGUCCACCAAAAGUCAUAGCAGCCAGGCCACCCGUCACGGCUGAGGGAUCGGGCUUCCAGUUUGAGAAUGGGCGUGCCAAUGCGACUGUUCUGCUUGCGUUAGCUCCGCAGGGACGUGGUGCAAUCCAGUUGCGCCGUCGCGCGAAUCUGCCACCUCGCUCGGGUUGGCGCCUGGGGUAGGGGGGG